CCACAGCACAAAAGAUGGACGCGGCCGUGUGCAUUCUGUCACUGAUCGACUGUUGUGCACUCAUUUUCCUCGCGGUCUAUUUUAUUAUCACCUUGUCCGAUUUGGAAUGUGACUACAUCAAUGCCAGAGCAUGCUGCUCCAAACUCAACAAAUGGGUAAUACCAGAGAUGGUUUGCCAGUGUCUCUCCACCGUUCUGAUGUUGGUCUCCACACACUGGUUUAUCUUCCUCCUCAACCUCCCUGUUGCAGCCUGGGACAUUUAUAGAUACGUGAUGGUCCCGGUGGGCAACAUGGGCGUGUUUGACCCCACUGAGAUCCACAACCGAGGACAGCUCAAGUCGCACAUGAAGGAGGCCAUGAUCAAACUCGGCUACCACCUGCUUUGCUUCUUCAUUUAUUUGUACAGCAUGAUUCUGGCUCUGAUCAAUGACUGAGGCAACACGAGAUCUGUGGGACUUCUGCCCACUAUCCGUCUUCAAAGUCCCACAUUUCCCACCUCCCAUCCUGUGCCUGUGCUGAAUGCGGAAAAUCUUUUCAAAGUUGAAUCAUAUGAGCCGAUAGAAUAGGACAAAUUUGCAUCAGAUUCAACAGUAUCAAAUAAUAAUUACUACUACUGCAAAAAGUGUAAAGUCACAAUUGUCUUGCUCCCGUUAGGGGUUGCCGUAGUGUGUCAUCCUUUUCCAUGCAAGCCUAUCUCCUGCAUCCUCCUCUCGAACACCAACUGCCCUCGUGUCUUCCCUCACGACAUCAUCAAACUUCUCUUUGGUCUUCCUCGAGCUCUCUUGCCUGGCAGCUCCAUCCUCACCAUCCUUCUACCAAUAUACUCACUACCUCUCCUCUGGACGUGUCUAAAUCAUCCAUGUCUGCUCUCUCUAAUUUUGUCUCCAAAACAUCUAAGCUUGGCUGUCCCUCUGAUGAGCUCAUUUCUAAUUUUAUCCAACCUGGUCACUCCGAGAGCGAACCUCAACAUCUUCAUUUCUGCCACCUGCAACUUUGCUUCCUGUUCUCUCUUCAGUGCCACUGUCUCUAAUCCGUACAUAAAUGCUGGCCUCAGCACUGUUUUAUAAACUUUGCCCUUGUGACCUGUCAGUCACAUAACACACCUGACACCUUCCUCCACCCGUUCCAACCUGCUUGGACCCGUUUCUUCACUUCCUUACCACACUCACCAUUGCGCUGGGCUGUUGACCCCAAAUAUUUAGUCCUCCACCCUUGCAAUUUCUUCUUCCUGUAGCCUCACUCUUACCCCUCCACCCCUCUCAUUUAUGCACAUGUAUUCUGUCUUACUUCGGCUAAUCUUCAUUCCUCGCCUUUCCAGUGUAUGCAUCGACCUUUCUAUCUGUUCCUCCACUGGUUCCGUGCUCUCACUGUAGAUCACAAUGUCAUCUGUGAACAUCAUGGUCCACGGUGACUCCAGUCUAACCUCAUCUGUCAGCCUAUACUUCACCAUUGCAAACAGGAAGGGGGCUCAGGGCUCAUCCCUAAAGCAGUCCCACCUCCACCCUAAACUUCUCUGUCACACCUACUGUACACCUCACCAUUCUGCUGCCCUCAUACAUGUCUUGCAUUAUUUGAACACUCCAGACUUCUGCUUGCAGUACCACAGUUCCUCUGCCAUGUAUUCCUUUCUCCUCUCCUCAGUCCUCUGUGUCCCACUUCUUUCCUUGUAUGAUUUCCUGUACUUUGAGGUUCCACCACCAAGUCUCCUUCUCCCUUUCCUACCAGAAGAUGCACAAAGUACUCUCCUGCCUGUCUUGAUGAUCACAUUGGCUGUAGUGGUCCAGUCUUCUGGAAGCGCCUUCUGUGUCCACCGAGAACCUGUCUCAGCUCUACCCGAAAAGCCGCACAACACUCUUCCUUUCUCAGCUUCCCCUACAUGUUUCUCUGCUCUGUCUUUGUCUUCUUAAUCUUCCUCCCCACCACCAGAGUCAUCUUUCACACCACCGUGCUAUGCUGUCUAGCCACACUCUCCCCUACCACUACCUUACAGUCGGUAACCUCCUUCAGAUUACGUCGUCUGCACAAGAUGUAGUCCACCUGUGUGCUUCUACCUCCGCUUUUGUAGGUCACCCUAUGUUCCUGCCUUUCUGAAAUAAAGUGUUCACUACAGCCAUUGCCAUCCUUUUUGCUAAGUCUACCACCAUCUGUCCCUCGAGGUUCCUUUCCUGGAUGCCAAACUUAACCAUCACCAUCGUUUCCUUCGCCAAUAUGUCCAUUACAAUCUGCAUCAAUCACGACUCUCUCUCUCUCUCUGUCUGGGAUGCUGAGAACUACUUCGUCUAGCGCCUUCCAGAAUUUCUUUCACCUCUAGGUCACGUCCUACCUGUGGGGCAUAGCCACUAAUCACAUUACACAUAACACCCUCAAUUUCAAGUUUCAAUCUCAUCACUCGAUCUGACAUUUUUAGCGAACUCUUUUAUAUAUAUAUAUAUAUAUAUAUAUAUAAAAAAGUAACCCUACUAACUUUCGCCUCCGCUCUACACCAUGGUCAAAUAAUUUGAACCCUGCCCCUAAACUUCUAGCCUUACUGCCUUUCCACCUGGUCUCCUGGACACACACUAUAUCAACCUUUCUCCUCAUCAUCAUGCCAACCAACUCCUGAACUUUUCCAGUCCCAAUCCCAACAUUCAAAGUCCCAACAUUCAGUUCGAGGCUCUGUGUUUACCUCUUCUCUUUCUGCCGGAGAACCCGCUUUUCACCUCUCUUUCGUCUUCGAUCCACAGUAGCUGAAUCUCCACUGGCCCCACGUAGGUUAACGGCAUCUGUGGCUUACGUUGUUAACCCGGGUCAUGACCGAUCCGGUAUGGAAUUCUUUAGAUUAACGCUCACAUUUGUUUGGCAAAGUUUUAAGCCGGAUGGCCUUUCCUGACGCAACCCUCUGCAUUUAUCCGGGCUUGGGACCGGCCUACAGUUUGCACUGGCUUUGUGCCCCCCAUAGGGCUUCUUAAUGCAGGUGUACAUGCUUCUAAUAUUAUUACUGAAUCCUUUACACUGAACCUAUCAUUACCACCCUACAGGCAGCUGGGCAGCAUAUUGAGAAAUAUUUUAAGGGCAUACACGUGGAUGAGUGGACUGUUCACCCCACAGCACACCGCCACUGAACUGACCAGCUUGUAGUAAAGCAUGGUGAUCAUCAGACAUCCUUUUUUGUUUGAACAUUGAAGUCAUUGUGUUAAAUAUAGAAAUAGGUUGUUCAGUCUGAAAACUGACAUCAGGCAUUCCUCCAUUUUGGUUUACGCCGCCUUCUUGUGGGUUGUUUGGUUUUCAUCAGGGUUGCUGCAUAUGUGCAGUUGCCUAAAUCAAAACAAAACAAAACUGCAGUAUGUUUUAAAAUGACUCCAAUGUGAGGCAUGUGUGCAGAUAACGUAGAUCGAGUUGUGUCCUAACUGAGAUGACUGCCGGUCAGCUUGAUGCAUGUUUGCUGAAGUUUCUGUAGCUGUUAUUUUUUUUCUCAAGGAUUUUAAGUUUCAUAAAUAAAACUGAAAAUACA